GAUUCUAGACGCAUUGUGGGCUAUCUGAACCACGCUAGGGACAGUCUGUGAGGCACCAAAAGAGAGCACUCCCUGUGGCGUGGAUAUUUCCCAUCAGGCUCAUUCUUUCCAUGAACGUGGGAGGCGGAGAGGAGUUGCCGAGGGCCAGCCCCUACCCUGAGAAUGUGCAAGGCUGAGAUCAGGGCUCCUGACCCAAGCACAGAGCAAGGAAACCGCCUCUUCUCAGACUUGACAAUCCAGUACAGACUCUUCCGCUGCUUGGCCCACUGGAAACAGUCCCUAGACUUUCUCAUGAAUUGCAAAGGGGCAGGUGUCUUACGAUAAAAAUCACAGAUUUGAUACUCUGUGACCUAUUCUGUGAUCCCCUCUGUUGCUGACAGCACAGGAAGGCAUCGGAGGCUGUGUGUGCAUGUGUGUAUGUGUGUGUGUGUGCAUGUGUACCCCCACAGCCUGGAGAAACUGAGGACCAGAGUAAUCUUUGUCCAUGCUUGAGAGAAGGAAAUCAUGGUUCAUGGCAAAAUCCCUCUCCUUCUGUGAAUAAUCGCUGAGGAAGACAAUGAAUGAGGCAAAGGAGUCCCUUCGGAGCAUCGAGCAGAAAUACAAACUCUUCCAGCAGCAACAAUUCACCUUCAUCGCCGCUCUGGAGCACUGUAGGGAGAAUGCCCACGACAAGAUCCGACCCAUCGCCAGCAUUGGGCAGGUGCAGAGCUACACAGAGCACUACUGCAACAACUCCACAGACCGGCGCAUUCUGCUCAUGUUCCUGGACAUCUGCUCGGAGCUGAACAAGCUGUGCCAGCACUUUGAGGCCCUGCACUCUGGCACUCCAGUCACCAACAACCUGCUUGAGAAAUGCAAAUCCCUGGUUAGCCAAAGCAAUGACCUAAGCAACCUUAGAGCAAAGUACCCUCAUGAUGUGGUGAACCACCUAAGCUGUGACGAGGCCAGGAAUCACUACGGAGGCGUCGUCAGCCUCAUCCCCAUCGUCCUGGACUUAAUGAAAGAAUGGAUCGCCCACUCGGAGAAGCUGCCCCGCAAAGCACUGCAGCAUGUGAGUGAGUCCCAGGCACGCCAGGAAGCCAUCGGGGCGGCGGCCACUCAUCCUUCCUGGACCACAGGCACCCAGCCUCGGUUAAGAAAACACAAACGUAGGCAACUUACAAAAGACAGCCCCAAACCUAGGAGGAAUGACAAAGGAUGUUCAAAACCUCCCUGGAGACCACCUGGCGGGAAACUGUAACUCAGAGCUGACAACCUGCGUCCCGUACAGUGCUUUGUCACUUAACUUGGUCUCCACUGUCUGAUCCAUUCUUUGGCACCCACAGCCCCCGCCACUGAUGAACCCCAAGGGGGCCUGCCCAAUAUACUGUCGAGAACCUCUCUCCUUUCUCACUUUAACUUCUAAGCUCUUGCCUCUGAGUGUCAAGGUCUGUGCCAAUGAAGAGGACCCCCACUUCCAGUGUUGUUGGGAGAGGGUGUUCUGGGGAGGCAGCUGAGAGCUGGGGCCACUGGCCUGCCCACGUGCACCCUGCCAGGCCCGGCCACGCUGCAGGUCUGGCUUUCCCGAUCGAUCCACUGAGCUGGAGGCCUCAGAGCUCCUUUCCCGCCAUAGGGGCAAGUAGGCAAGGCCCAGCUCUCUGCAAGACAAGGCUGUUUGGCCUGCCGGGAGGCUGAGGGCCAGCAUGACGAACUUCCUCAGUGUGAUUAGGUCUCUGGGCCAAAACCCAAAGUGGAGUGAACCUGCCUUCACUUCUCCUUUACUUGGGAGAGGGAGACCAUGCAAGAAGCCGGAAGAAUUCUGGUCUUACGGCUCCUGUGCAAGGACGGUUACCUGAUUUUCACAACACUGAAGGCCCCGACAUUAUAAAAUGUGUCUCUGGCUUCUGAGCUUGCUGGAAGUU